AUGGCUGCCUUGCCUUCUCAACAUGACCUGCUUCAGCGCCUUCGCGACUAUCAAGCCUUUGACGAAAACCGCCAGUCAGAGAUCGAGUUUUUGAUUCAGAGCUGCAUUAAACUCAACACCGCCUGCUCCACCCUGGAAUCCGAUCUAGACGACGAGAGAAAUACGCGUCGCACGUGGAAGAUGCGCGCCGAAGAUGCGGAAGCCGCCAUGGCCCGCAAGUAUACCGUGGUCCUGGUCGACGGCGACGGCUUCAUUUUUCGAAAGGCCUUCUUUGAUGCCCUGGCCACAUCUGGCGGUUCCAAGGCGGCCAAUGAGCUUUACAACCAGGUUAUCAACCACCUAAAAGCCGCCGAUUCGCUUUCAGGUAUUAAUCCCGACUGUGAAGUCCUGGUCAACAUCUAUGCAAAUAAGCAAGGUCUGGCUAGAACCCUCGUUGCCGCCGACUAUCUUGCCCACCCCGCUCACAUCGAUUCCUUCUUUUGCUCCUUUACCCAGAGCCGCAGCCUCUUCCAGUUUAUUGAUUGUGGUCCCGGAAAGGAGAGAGUCGACGCUAAACUACGAGAUACCUUCCGUUUCUAUGCAAAUAACGCUCAAUGUCAACGCAUCUACCUGGCAUGUUCUCAUGAUAAUGGCUAUAUCGCCGAGUUCGACAAAUAUCGACAUGAUCCUAUUGCCCCCAAGAUCGUCCUGGUCCAUGGCGCCCAGACAAUCGCGGCUGCUCGCGCCUACAGCACCUUGCCUUUCAAGUGGACAAGGUUUGACCAUGUUUUCGAGUCCUCUCCCUUAGAAAUCCUACCCAAACCUGAUCCGGUUUAUAUUCAACCAGCACCCGAGGCUCCCGGCCUGGCGUCGCCGUCCACUACCGAAAACGGUGGCUCGGAUUUGACCCCAGUAAUCAGCAGAUCGAGCUAUUCGUCCAACUCUGUCCCGCAGACCACACCAUCGCUGGCUGCGAUCCCGCUCAAUACUAGUACCAGGGCCUCGUCUCAGGCCAAGUCGUCGCCCACUCCGCCUACCGAAGUAGCGAAGCCGAAGCCCGCGAGUCAAGCUCAUGCCACAGCUAUCAAUGGAAUCCACGAUGGCAAGAGCGGAAUUCCAGUCAACCGCAUGGGGCAGAGGGUUGAUCUGAAGAUGCGGAUCCCCACCACGGCGGAAAUGGAGAAGUUUGAGGAUCGUAUCGCCAUUCGGAAACUCUGUAACGAGCAUCACCUGCGAGACAACUGUGAAUCCUACAACUGCCGUUACGAUCAUGAACCGAUUGACGCUGCCAUGAAAAACACCCUGCGCUACAAGGCGAGAAGCAUUGCGUGUACCCAAGGAUCCAAGUGCCGGCGAAUCGAUUGUUUUUACGGGCACCAAUGUCCGUGGGGAAACAACAACUGCGGAAACCCCAAGUGCUCUUUUAUUAAAGCUGGCUUACACGACAUCAGGGACUUGGAGAUUGCCAAAUUUGUGCCAGCUGCUCCGGGUUAUUGA